AUGCGGCGCAACAAUAAUCGUAAUUAUUCUCACAGUGAGACCACUGCAGAGAGUCGUAGGGAGGAUGAAGUGGAUGGGCUUAAGGGUACUACCGCGCGAAAUGCUCUAGAAAACAAUAAUAGUUUUGCUUUUUUUGUAGAUAGAAUGCAUGCGGUAAAUCGGGCUUUUCUUGUCAAGAAGAAAGGAGAGUCUGAAGUGGAAGUUGUUGCAUUUCCUGAGCCAGUUGAUGGUGAUGAAACUAGAGAGUUACAUAUGACUCGCUUUGAAGCAGAGUCAAAAUGGCUUGACUGCUGCUUGCGAGAGUUCGUUGAAAGGAGGUCUAGGUACGGAUCGAGGAGGCGCCUGGCGGUGCGCAUAGUGGGUGUACUAGCCUUGGUGAUUGUAUUUUUGUGGUGGUUUUGGCCUCUCUGGGAAGUCCUCAUUGAUUUGGAGGCGGAGACCCACCUUAAGGUACUCGGUGUGCCUCCUGGUGCUGAAAUGCAAGAAAUAAAACGCGCAUAUCGUGAGGCUGUAAAGAGGUGGCAUCCUGAUCGGAAUCCAAACUGUGAGUCUUGUCGUGCCCAAAUGGUGAAGAUACAACAUGCACAUGAUGUCUUACUUGCUCGGGGAAGUCAACGUUUUGUAUUGGCUGACAAGUACAGGGAGGAACUUGUUCAGCUUCGAUCAUUGGUUUUCUUCCGCCUGUACAACAUGGCAUUUAAUGCUGCACAGGAGAUUUAUUACUUGACUCGUGGGUCCUUGAUGAUUGGACGAGAUCGUGAUGGAGUAGAUGUUUCUUGGCCUCUUCAAACUGCAUGUCGUGUUCUUACAAUGGGCUUGUUUACGCUUUAUGAAGUUUUAUAUAUUUCUGGCUUUAGCAUCGUGGUGCUCCUGCAGGUGUUUUACUACUGUGUCUCUGCCGCCAAAUCCUCUGCACAGGAGCUUGAAAUAGCGAGUAUGGUGAAACACUCUUACAUUGACCUUCGCCGAGAAGCCGUACUUUUUGCAGGCAUCCCCCUUUUAAUGCAUGUGAUUCUGUGGUACUUUGAUAGUGGCAAAUUUGCUGAGAGAGAUACAUUGGAGUUUCUGUUUCAAAUGACGUUUGGGCUUUUAUACAUUCUGGCGCAUUUAUAUAGAAUGACCCCCAACAUUUUGGACAAUAUUAACAUGAAAAAAUGCUCCAUACCUCUGAAGUACUUAAGGUUACCAUCGAGAAGUGUUUCUCUACAGAGUUUUGUUUUCACGGAAUUGGGGAUAGUUUUAGAUGACCUAUUUGCAUUUACAUGUAAGGUGCCAUCGGUUUAUCGGCUAGCCGUUAUCUUUGUUCAUGUGGUGUUUCUCUGUGAGUUGGCCUUCCUCCCGUGGGACCCCCCUGUCGUUGGGAAACUGAAUCAAAGACACGAAAAGAAAUCCUUCAAACCCCAAAAAGAAAAAAAAAGGACGGUAGAAAAAACCUUGGAGAAUAAGAUUGAAGAGUUUCCUCAUCAGCCGUUAUCCCCCGAUGAGCUUGCUCUUUUGAAAAACCUGGAUAGUGAAUUGAUUAAUUGGCUGGAUGUUGUGAGUACAAAAUACAAGAAGCGAAUGGAUACAGCGGCCACGACCUACAUGCGUCAACAGAGGGGGGCUGUUAGCUUUGAUUUGGCCCCUACUGCAAACCUACAGGAGGUUAAUUUUGUGGGUACUGUCCAGAACUCUUCUGGUGUGCCGGGCAGAAUUGAUGUCUUGUUUCGUGUAAAAGAUGAGGCUUCUAGUCGUCUUUUGGGACUGCAACGAGGUCCAGUGGGGUGCACCCCAUCAGAAUUAUCAGAGAAUAAAAAUCCCGAUGCGAUUGCUCGGCGAUUUGCCCUUGUGAGUGGAAAAGAUGGUUCUUACACCCCUUCAGAGCUCUGGCAGUCAAAACUUGUCUUUACGAAACUCAGAACAGACAACAAUGUAUGGAUGGUGAUUAUGGUUAUGGUCAUGUUUGUUCUUUGUUGGGUUUUAUUAAUUGUUUCUCCAUCGCCGAAAGACCAGAUGAAACACUUGGUUGAUGUUUCCUCUUUUCAGCAGCCAUUGCGGGAGCCACGAUGGCCAUUUCUCCCCAAUGAGCAUACUAUAAGACAAAAGGGAGCUGGUCUGAUUACCUUGCUUGGUCGUGUUUUCUGUUGUGUGGAUAUCUGGGAUGGACUGAGGCACACUCAACAUCCUCAUUAA